UACCUAGCGUAUUCUUUCUCCGAGAACUGCUUCCGCGCAAGUCCUCCGUCCAGCAACGACGACAACCCAACGAUCGCGCGCGCAAGCCCCCUCGGAUCAACCGUCGCUCUCUUAAUCCUUUCGUUCUCAGUUCUACUCCUCGAUACGUAAGUUGGAUAUCGUGGCAAAAACCCCGAGCCUGGAGUCCUCUAUCUACCAAAAAAAUCUUCUCUUUCCAGAUCAGCCUCCCCUCAUACUGCUGGUCCUAUCGCGUCACCCAAGAGACAUCACCAAAUCCAAUAUCAGAAUCGCCGGCGUCGACACAAAAGCUUUGCACUUCAGUUCAUGGUCAACGCUAACUGAUCUCUUAGUCACUUCUAACCGGAUUAUCGCUCGCCACCAUGGAGGACGAGCAGUUUAUGCAACAGCUGCGGAACCUGACCUGCCAAACUGUGGACUGGAGCGGUUUCGAUCCUUCAAAGUGGCGCGACGAAGACAUCAAUGACUGGGACAUUAGUGAUGACGCCCAGGGUGAUAAAGACGACGAUUAUGCAUCCGACGCUUCUGUCCUGAGCGCCCGCCACUUGGAUCCUUCUAAGACCAAACCUACUACUCGCCCUAACUAUGCUGGCCGUACCUCCCUGCGCGUUGAGGACGUGACCGACGAGAAGGAAGAGUACCGCGAUGCUUCGGACUUGGAGAACAUCAGAUGGCCGGAGGUCAGCGUGAAGCAGGGCGAGAUCGAUCCCAUCACAGAACUCUUCACCCCCUGGAGAAUGGUUCAGGAGUAUCCCAACCUGUUUGUUGGCAAGCGCAAUGGCCAGAGGGCUCGGCCUCUUUUUACGCUGGAGAGCCUACACGAGAAUCGCAUUUGGGAUCUGUUCUAUCUCUAUCGACCGGCUAACGAGGGGAACAAGAAACCCUUGAUCUUUGUCCCAACCUACCAGAUGCAACACCUGCUCGACGUCAUAAACAGAAAACUCGACGUGGAGUUCACGUUUCCUCGCGGACAUCAAGACUUGUUCGCCAUGCCGUUUGGGCAGAGUAAUACAGCGAAACCGCGCUUCCUUGGCCGUUCCAGAUCUGCCGAGGAAUGGGAGCAGCUUACAAACAACGUCCCGGCGCGUAAGCCCGGCGACAUGUCGGAAAAGGCUCCUUUCCUCGCCAAACAGGAGCUGACCCGCCGCUUGAAUAGCAUCUUUGGAAUCCAAGAAAAGGGCAAGAAGACCAAGAACAACCAGCAGAAGCGACGCAAUCUUCAUCUUACCUGGGGAAGAAAUGUCAAGAGGGUUCAGCGGUAUCUUGGUCUUCGCCGCAGGGUACUAUCCAAUCCGGAAGGGCCAUUCACCCCACUGGAUCUCACCCAGCCUACUGGCAUCGAGCCGGAGAAGUCUGUCGUGUUUGUGGCGAUUGACCUUGAGGCUUAUGAACUGGACCAGAGCAUCAUCACCGAGGUUGGCCUGGCGAUUCUUGAUACCGCGAAAAUGUCGAAUGUUGCUCCUGGAGAAGGCAGCAAGAACUGGUUUGACCUCAUCGAAGCACGACAUAUUCGCGUCAAGGAGUUUUCAUGGGCCCAAAACUCCAGGCAUGUCCAAGGCCGCGCCGAAUACUUCGAUUUCGGCGAGAGCGAGUUCAUCGAGGUUGCGAAGAUCGCCAGCGUUCUAAAGGAGACCAUCGAAAUCGAGUCCUCCGCGGGCGGUGAAGGAGCGAAGCGCCCCGUGGUCCUCGUGUUCCACGACCAGUCUCAAGAUCUCAAGUACCUCCGCAUGCUUGGAUAUGAUGUGGCCAGCGCGGACAACAUCCUGGAGGUGGUCGACACCCGAGAGAUGUACCAGUAUCUCAGCCGUUCCAACAACGCCUCCAAGCUCUCGAACGUCUGCGGUCACCUCGACAUCCCGUGGAAGAACAUGCACAAUGCCGGCAACGACGCGGUCUUUACGCUUCAGGCCAUGAUCGGCCUAGCUAUUGACAUGCGGCAGAAGAGCUUGAGGAGGGCUGCUGCGAAGGCUGUAAAGGCGAAUACGGGCAAUGACGGUUAUGUCACUUACUCCGAAUUCACCGCAACGAAGGAGGACGUCGAUGAGGGUUGGGUCAGCAACGGGGAGCAGUCGGAUGGUGGCGAGCCAAACUCGGUGAUCGAGGCAAGCCCCCCGCCUAAUUCCGCCGAUUGGACACCGGAUGAAAAUUGGGAGUUGUAAUGGUGAUGAUACCAUUGUAUUUCCACCAUCACUGGCCAGCGUGGCCGAUAUACUUGGAGGAACUAGCUGGUACCAAAGAGUGGAAGCAAGGCAAAGGGAAGGAAAGGAG